CAUCCUAGACCCGACAUCGACCAUCUUGGGACAAUCAGCAGGGCCCUCUGGGUCCGGGGUGUGAUCCGAGCGGUCUGUCGCGCGCAACACGCCGCGUGCGUAGUGGCGGGCUCCCUCCCUGCUCAGCUUGUCCCCAUGUUGAUAUCAAACACAGGUCUGCAUCUCAGUAGCACCAAUGUUGGCCCAGCAUGCCAUGCGCCAAGUCAGCACGUACACUGGUUUCGCCAUAUUGUUUGCUGUGGCAGCAGUGAUGGGGGGCAGCGUUAUCAGGGUCGCGACCUUAUGCGGUGGGAGGUCACAGGCGUCUGUGUCCUUCGCAUUGUUUCCACACAAUGGCGCCCUGGUGACGGCCACUCGACUCCGGACAGAAAAACUCAGAUUUUCCAGCGACGGGAAGCCUAAUUUUGUCCUCGUUGAGUGUGGCUCUUUCAGCCCCCCAACAACGUUCCACCUGCGCCUCUUGGAGGAUGCGAGGGACGCAAUGGUCGAGCGAGGGUACCAUGUUGCGGGAGGGUUUCUAUCCCCGUGUCACGAGAAGUAUGGCAAGAAGAGUUUGGUCUCGAUGCACCACCGCGUGAACAUGGUCGGCCUUGCUCUUCAAGACUCCAGCUGGUUGCAGGUGGACAGUUGGGAGUGUGCGCAGACAGAUUGGAUCCGCACUGCGUUGGUAUUGAGGGACAGGUUUCAGAGGGAAGUUGAUAGGUUGCACCCUGGAGCAAAGGCAAUGCUGGUCUGUGGCGCUGACUUGCUGGAGUCGUUCACAGCCUUCCACGAGAACGGUGAGCCAGUGUGGUCCCAGGAAGACCAGGAGACAAUCCUCGGCCAGUGUGGCGCUGUGUGCAUGAAUCGCGAGGGCACCAACAUAGGAAAGGUAAUCGCGGCCGACCCGCUGCUGACCAGGCACAGUGGGAACAUCGUUGUGUUCGAUCCCAGCGUGCAGAACAAUGUGUCCUCCACGCUGGUACGGCGGCUGCUACAGCAGGGGAAGUCCCUGAAAUAUCUUGUUCACGAUCACGUCUUGGAUUACAUCUGUGCGCACGACUUAGGCAGGUUCAAAGCGUGGGGCGGAAAAGACGAGUGAGCCGUCACAGCAUUUGGUUCGCUAACCUGGCUUGCCCGAAGGACUGCUAAACCAGGCGACGAAUUAUACAUAUAUAUAUAUACAUAUAUAUAUAUAGAUUUAUGGGCACGUGGCCGCCAGCACCGCUGACCAAUGUGUGUUCCCUUUUUAACAGAGCCUUGUACGGCAUCUCGCGCCUUCUUGGUUGUAUCAGACACCGUAGCAGUUCAUGCCAUGUGCCGCUGCAUGCUUAACUGUACUAUGUGCGCUCUUCCCACCCCGCUGGACGAUUCAGGCUUGCAUGCCUACUUUGCUCCGGUUAUUAGCGAGAGGGGGCGAUCGUCAGAAGCACUGCUGCGGCACAGGCAGAAGCAGCUAAGCAUGCGUGGUUGUUCAGGUAUUGACCCCAUCGGUUUCAAAGAAUCAUUCGGGGAAGCAAGCCCCUUGUGAGGCCGUCAAGCGCCUCUGGCCGUCCAGAGGCAAUUUCGAUGCAGUCUUAGACUCUCUCUGGGCAGUCUAAGGGCUGCAUGCUUGUCUUGGAGUGCUCUGGGGGCCCGUCUGGCGGGGCCUGUAGGAUCGUCCUGCGGCCGGCCUCUUCGAUGAGUCUAGGGCCCCCCGCCCCUCCCCGUUGUCAGGACUUGUGAACUCAGCGACAGAGCCUUUCAGCGGCGCCCCAGUCCCAGCGUCGACCUCAGCGAUCGCAUGUGUCAACUUUCUCGAGUACAGUAUUGCCUCGAUAGUACAGAAUAUCACAUCCAAACAAAAGCCCCGCACCACAGUCACCUACUAUGUCGGCCUCCUUUGACAUGGCUCACCCGAAGAGGGCCAUGGCCUUCUCCGCAGAAAGGGAGCUGCACGGGUAGAUAAUUUUUGUUGCGCAUCUGUGCCUUCCAAAACCAGACGCGUAUAUUUGUUUACUAUUCGGUUCGCUUCUUGACCGCUGGUCUACCGCCAGACUCGGAGACGGCUUCGCUUGUGGCUCUCCUCGUGCUGGUGCCGUUGCUGCUGUCUUCAGCUCGCGCGGUGUGUCGGCUCCAAGCCAGGGCUGGACUUAAACGAUGUGUUUGGUGAUUUCGUGGGCCGUUUUCGUUUCGAC